AUGAGUUGGUUGAAAGAAGUUUGCGAGCGAGGUGGCUCAACGAAAGAGCGAACAUGGCUCGAAAAAAUGGGAAUCGCGGUCGAGGCGAUGGAUAAAAAUAAUCAAACGGAGGAGAUUUUCGAACAAAUUAUCGAGAAAACUUUGGAAAAACCUCUUUGGUAUCAAGAAUUAUCGCAAAAACAAAUGACUUUGGCCGAUAAAUUGUACGAAAAUGUUCGGGAUGAUCAUGAUUUUCGAACAACUUACCGCGUAAGAGGCAUUUUACAACAGCUUGGAGUGAAUCCUGUCGCCAAAGAUGAUAUUAUAAGCAAAGUUUUGAUAGUUAGUCGUGGAAAUGACUUAGCUUUCCUCUGGUUUUUGCUCGAUAUUUGUUACCUGACCUUCAGAAAGUUCACGGAAAUCCGAGAAUAUUCAUUAAAUGAACGUUUAUUGAUAUCUUGCAUCGCUCAUUUGGACAUGAUAACAACUCUCAGAGGCUUGGCGAGGAUUUUACCUGCAAUAAGUUUACCUGAAAUUUCAAUUUCUUCUCAUGAACCGCCUAAAAUUGCAAGAAAAAUUCAUCGAAAGAAAAUUUCUCCGUAUUUAAUUCCAAAUCUGCAACCAAAAAUCCCUGUUUCAAAGCAUUUUACGAGACCCAAACCGAAAAAUGUCGAUCUUUUUCCUUAUCAAAAAUGGAAUGAUCCGAAUUAUUUCGUCGAAAAUGAAGAAAAUCGUUGGUUCGCUCAAAAAUCUGCCAUGUCAAUCGCAGAUCCUCGUCCAAAAUCCAGCGGCGAAAAAAUUAUUGACGCAUUUUUGGAUGAAACUCUUGAAAAAAUUACUUCGCCGAAUUUUGACAAAUCUCAAGUCCUGAAAGCGCUAUGCUUUAAACACAAAAAUGAAGAAACCACAAACCGCCGACGAAAAAUUCUCGAGAAACUUUUUCAAGAAAAUCCGAGAAAUUUCACUUCGGACAUUGAAAGAGACGUCGUUCAUCAAAUUGAGUUGGAUUUAGCUGCGACAAGGGAAGAAUUUGAAAAUUUGGCGAAAAAAUAUCAGGAACAGACAAUUGUUCGAUCAGUAAUUCAGGAGUUGGUUUUAGAUGUUACUGCUAAAAAAUUUAUCGAGCCGUGUGAAAAUUGUUCGGAAUGCAAUGAAGACCUAAAUUUGUACAAAAAUUUACUUUUACGAAAUUUAUCGCAGGAAAAUCUACAAAAAAUCUGCGAAAAUGGGGAUUUUUACGUCAAAAAAUCGCCUGAAACGAACAAUUUUCAAUUUAACUACCGAAAAAUCUUCGAAGAUGACUUUCGGGAAACGUGUCCCGUUAAAAAUGCCUUAAAUAAAGUCUUGGAUUUGGAAAAUUUUGAGACAGAGGACGAAGCGAUAAGAAAUUGGAUGCAAAAUGUGUGGAAAUUUGAGUUGGAAAUGUGGAAUGAAAAACAAAAAGAAAUGUUUUCGAAGCAAGGAAGUGAAAAUUUCAUCAAAUAUGAGUUAAAAGACUCACGAGAAAGCAUCACAAAGCUCCUCAAGGACCAUUUAUUGCUUUUAUCAAAAAAUCCAAAAUACGUUUUUGCAUCCUUACCUCAGGCGCAUCAUCAUCCCGUCCUGCAAGAAUGGCUCAGACAAUUUUAUGGCUUUAAAAAUUCAAGAAAACAGCAAGAAAAAAUUUUAAAACAAAAUAUGAUGGAAUGGAAUUUUAUAACGACAGCGAUGCCAAAGAGAAAAUUGAUUAGUAACAAAGAAAUUUUGCCGGGAAAAACUUUUGUGACGUACGAUUCGAGAAAAUCUUUGGAAAAUUUGUCAAAUAGAUUUGAGUCCUUCGGUGUGUCAUCCAAGCAUUAG